GUUGAGUCCCUUAUUAAAACAAAGUACACGGCAUAUAACAAAAAGCAAAACUCCACAUCAUUUGGCGCUCCCCAUACAGAAAUUUCCAAAUGAAGACCUCGCCGUCCUAAAGAUGCUGAAAUGUACAGCGCAUUUUCAAUUCAAGCGGUCAAGGUGACAGUGAGGGGCCGGAUGAGGACUAGAUUUUGCAGAGGUGUGGAGUGUGUGGAUGCCACAGUGAUCCACUAGACUGACGUCUCUCCGGUAGCGCAGACGAAGACCGCAACCCGGUUAUUUCACAGACUUCAGUGCAGCCAGGCAGUCGACAGGCUCUCCUGCAGAGAGACGGAGUGGGGAAUAAAAGAACUUCCGCGACGACGAGCUGUAGUUUUGCAGCAUGUUCCACCUUCGGCAAUCUCCGUUUAAACACACUCGCCCAGCAACUGUUUGAUUUUGCUGGCGUGUCGGCUGUUAUUCUCUUUUUUUUUUUUUUGGAGGGGGAGAGAUUCGUUUUUACCCCCUUCGGCUGAUGUAAAAAAAAAAAUCAACCCCUCUGUAUCAAAAUGAUGUGGACCUCUCAUGAUACUGUUGGAUUUGUUUUCUUAGCCGGAUUUUGUGUGCAAUUCGGAUUCUCCUUUGAAGGUCGCUUCACGGAUCUGCCCUCCAACAUGACGGUUAAAGAGGGACAAAACAUAGAAAUGGCGUGCGCUUUCCAGAGUGGAACCGCGUCUGUGUAUUUGGAGAUCCAGUGGUGGUUCGUGAAAGCGCCGGAACCCACUGACAGCGAAGAGGACGUCAAUGCUGAAGAGAUGGAGAUGAUACCAGAGCCUGAUCCUGAUGACGAGGGGACAAAAAUAAGUACAGUGAAAGUCCAGGGCAAUGACAUCUCACACAAGCUGCAGAUCUCCAGAGUCAGCAAGAGUGACGAAGGACUGUAUGAGUGCCGGGUGACACGAGCUAACUAUGGAGAGAUUGUGGAGUACAAAGCCCAAGCCUGGUUGAAGGUCAAUGCUACAGCCAGGCCACGACGACCACUGCCGCCACCCAAGAAAAGCUCCCCUCUGCACCUGACAGACAAGAAGCCGAGAAAGUCCAGCUCACCUCUGGGCCAGGAUAACAUGAGUUCAGACCAGAGGGUGGCCUCCACCUCCACCUCUCACACAUCCUCCAAUACAGCUAAACACAACCCCGGCUCAGGUACAAGAAUAUCAUCCAGCUAUGGACUGGCUGUCCUCCUUCUGGCAUGUGGUUUGGUGAGGGAUGCCUUGAUAUAAUUUGAAGAACUGACAUGGUUUGCACCCUGAUCUCGCUCUCUGUUUGCUCUCAAAGUGAACAAUAAAAUUGCCUGUUUCAUUUUUUUUCCCCCUACUCACCACGCGGACUGCACAGUUGCCCCUCAUUUCCCAUCAACUACUGCUCUUGUACCCAGCACAUUGUUAUUAGCCACUUUAAACACCAGUCACCUUUAAAUCAUUUGGAUUACCUUUUGCACAGACGUCAAACACCACCUGAGGUGCAAUGCUCCGGGGUGAAAACGGACUCUGUAUCUUGUUGGAAAACUCUCAUGGAAGAAUGACUUUCUUAUGUUUUUGCUGUUCCUCUUCAUGUGUUCAUUGCUCAAAAGUGAACAAGAAAAAAUGAGAAUCUACAUUUGUGUAAUAUAUAUGAUUCUAGAUAUAUAUCUGUUUUCUUUGAAACACCUAGAAUUAAUGUAUGUGCUGUAUACAUAGCUGACACUCACCAUAUUGUCCAUGGAACUUUGUUGUGAAUAGGCACUCUGGUCCUCUCAAAGAAGCAAAAGAAAUUCAAGUACAUGUUAAUUUAGACUGUUAACAUUAAGCGGCAGGUUCAAAUUUCUCAUUUUCCUUCAGAUGCAUUGGCCAUCUAAAUUAUCUAAUGUGCGUAAUUUUACAUCUUGUUAGUGACACGUAUAUCGGUGUGCAUGCUUAUUAGUCUGAAGGCUUAAAAGAGGGGAACAUACGUAAUUCGAGCUAUGUAAGUCAACACGAGUUCAGUGUUACAGUUAGCUUUAUUUUAAUGUGCUAGCUUUGAUGUGAAAAAAAAAAUUGUCCCUUGUCAAUUAAAUUUGUAUUGCAUCCUCAGUAGGAAUAAAAAGGAUGUCACAAUUUAUGAGUCAUUCAAAAUCCUGAUAUGUGACCACUGGAUGAUUAACUUUAAUUGACUUGCACUGUUUUAAAAUGGCAUGCUUCAAUUGCUGUGCCUCUCCCUGCUUUGUGUCAUUAUUGCAGAAAAGGUGAAUAAGUAUUCACCCACUUUGAUGAAGCAUAUUGCUAGUGUGUGUUAUGUUGACGCCAGCACACAGACACACACAUUCAGACAUUUGCAGAUGUUGAGAUGUUUGAGUGUCCAGAUCGUGAUGAGAUGCAGUGCAACGCGGAGAGCAGGCUUGCUUGUCAUCAACAUUGUAACUGACCCAUGUUUUUGAGAAAUAGGAUAAUUUUGUUGAAAUCUCCUCUCUUAUAUCUCACAGUAAUAUCUAUUUUAGCAUUAUUUUCAGAUUUAUCACAGAGAUUUUUAUCUGCGCAGAGCAUUUAUAAGCAAAACGCUUUGACAAUCUGACACAAACACAGACAGAGGUGUUUUUGGUGUCAUAGUGCAACACUUUCAGAUCAUUACCGUGAUACAGUGUACCCUCUAAAAUAAAUGGGAUUCUGUUAUUGUUGUUGUUAACUUUUGAGCUUAAAAGAAAACUGUGUGCCACCCAUCAGAAAUGCAGAUGUUACAAUUUAAAUUGAAAUAUUUAUGAAUAAUAGAGUAGAUGAUUUAUGUCUGAAGAAUUGUACUGAAUGUUAUUCACCUUGAGUAUCAUGCUGCCAGAGUGCAGCAGUUGCCCUGCAAUGAGAUCAAUAUUUUAUUUUGGUAGACAUUAAGCCACAAGUACGUACUAUUUUGCUCAGUUGAUGCCCUAAAUUCACACCAUCCUAAGGUAACAUGAAGCAUGAUUAUGUAGUUCCUCAUGUGCUGUAUGGUAUAAUCUAACAUUCAUACAUGACAUACAGAUGUAAUUACCAGUCAUUACUGUGUCGUGUUUUUUCAAAAGGCUAAAUGCUCAUCUCCCUUCAAGCUUUUAUUCCGCUUUGCAGACAAAGCAAAAAUUCCCCUUGUAUAGUUAUACUGCAUUCCCAAAGAACUACGGAGGGAAACAUGUUGAUUCAGCGCCAAGGUUCAAAGGCUGACAGGGUGUGUCAUACUGUGGAAUCGAACCAGAGAAGAGGCAUUUACUGAGCAGCAGCUGCCGGCCAGGGUACAAGAUGUGUGGGCGAUAGAGAGCAACGCUGUCCAGUCCCUAAAGUUCCAAAUAGCUUCAGGUUGCAUUUGGACAGUUAAUGUAGUAUCACCAUCAUAUAUAUGCCACUCUGCUGUGACUGAGAAUUGAUUUGCUGUGUUUUGAAAUGAGACAAGUUAUGUAAUAUGAUUCAGAUUGUUUAGUUUGCAGUAAAGAUACAGCUUAUUGUAAAGUACUGAGAAAGGGAUUUGGAUGUUGAUUCUAUUGAAAAUGUGCUGCAGCACUUUGGAGAGAGUGUGCACAGUUUGAGUGGACAGUUUGUCUAACCCUCAUGUAAAAAGUUACAGACCUGUACAACUUGUAAAUGAAAUACUCAGCAUGUUAACAUUUUUUUUUUAAUCCAUUUAAAAAGGCAGAGGCCAGUGAUGUUCUGUACUUGUAACAAUGGUGUCAUGUACUCAUAUCAAGUGUUAACCAGUCCAAAGUGGGUUUUCAUCUCUUCAAAAUGAAAUGGGUAAAUGUAUUUGACAAAAAAAAAUAUAUCUAUAUAUAUUAGAAACAUCUCUUUUAUGAAACUUUCAUCCUAAUCUAUAGGAUUCACUUGACUUUGGGUCCUUGCAACAUAUUGUAUAACAAAGAAGGAUAGACUGGAGUAAGGACUGAUUGGAUACUGUGAUUGGAGUGAUAAAAAAUGGAGAUUGUUUAAAAAAAACAUUGGAUAUGACGGAGGCUGAAUUGUUUACAAGCAACAAGGUCUCUGUCACCGAAAAGAAAGGUUCACAAUGACGGCUUGAGCAGCAGUUCCUUCAGGGAUGUUAUUUCAGAAACAUCACACAACCAUUUUUCUGUUCUGUUUUAUAUGCCACGCUAUUCAUCCUCUCUAGAUGUAUUUGUUUCUUCUAAUGUAUUUCAUUUCAAUGCGGUCCUGUCUGUUUGUUGAGCUGUCGAAAAUUCUGAUGGAUUCUAGUUCUCUUUUCUUUGGUAUUGUGUGAGGCUUCUGUACUGGAACAUUGCAGCAGUUUGUAUUAUAAUGACGAUACCAGAAUAAUAUUUAAAUAAACCAUUUUCACAGAUGAAAUUCAAACACUGAGGGAUUCCAUCUGUUUGGUUUGUAACAUAUUGAGCUUUGUUGCGAGCGAACUGGAGAGAGUGCUGACAAUGCUAAAAACUGGCCCAAUUUCUAACUUGGAAAAGAGUUUCGUUUUUUUGGGUUUUUUUUAGAGCUACAUUACUUUUCAUUUGACAGUACUGCUAAAUGUUACUCAAAAUUAAUUAAUUAUACCAGCUACCAAGAGAUGGAUAAUUGGAAAACCAGACGACAGUAAUGUAAAACAAGAGAAGCAUUUCCCUGAAGAAAGUGUGUGUGAUUGUUGUGUAUUCAGCUGCUGAUUGAUAUGGAUGACUUUAUAAUCAUACAAAAUCUGACCUAAUGUAUUGGCUGCUGUGUAGAAACUA